GUGGCAGAGCCACGCUCGUGGGAACCCACCUGUCCGUGUCAUCUGGAAGCACGGAGGGGGGAUCGUGUGUGGGACGCGGUGGGAAGAGCCAAGGCGGCGGCAUCGGGGAGAGGAGGAGGCGCCGCGUCGGGCGGAACAGCCGGGAGCGCGUGCCUUUCAAGACGGAUAAAAAGAGUGAGAACCAUUGUAUUCCCUUAAGAGGAAGACGUCGUGAUACAGCUAAUAUUGCGCCGAUAUGGCCACACGACUGAGGCCGGCUAGUAAGAAGUGCGCUGUCAUAGGUGGCUCGGGGUUUCUGGGUCAGCACAUGGUGGAGCACCUCGUGGGAAAAGGCUACACAGUCAACGUGUUUGACAUCCGCAAGGGCUUUGAUAAUAACAAGGUCCAGUUUUUCCUCGGUGAUCUCUGCCGUAAGGAGGAUCUGCUCCCCGCUUUGGAGGGGGUCACGGUUGUGUUUCACUGUGCCUCCCCAGCGCCGUCCAGCAACAACCGGGAACUGUUUUAUGCAGUGAACUACUUGGGGACGAAAGUGGUCAUUGAGGCUUGUAAAGAAGCUGGCGUCCAGAAACUGGUGUUAACCAGCAGUGCCAGCGUCGUCUUUGAGGGCACGGACAUCAAGGAUGGUUCGGAGGACCUGCCGUAUGCCAAGAAGCCCAUUGACUACUAUACGGAAACCAAGAUUCUGCAGGAAAAGGAGGUGCUGAGCGCCAACAAUCCAGAGGGCCCUUUCCUCACUGUUGCCAUCCGUCCACACGGCAUAUUUGGGCCACGAGACCCUCAGCUGGUGCCCAUUCUCGUCCAGGCAGCCAAGAGUGGCAAAAUGAAGUUCGUCAUUGGUGAUGGGAAAAACUUGGUGGAUUUUACAUAUGUAGAGAAUGUGGUCCAUGGACACAUCCUGGCUGCGGAGCAACUUCAGAGAGAUUCUCCCUUGUGCGGGAAGGCGCUUCACAUCACAAACGAUGAGCCGAUCUCCUUUUGGGUGUUCAUGUCUCGCAUCCUGAUAGGCUUGGGCUAUGAGGCUCCCAAAUACCGCAUCCCUUACUGGCUCGCCUACUACCUGGCCUUCCUCUUAUCCUUGGUGCUGAUGCUGCUCAGGCCUUUCAUCAUCAUCAAUCCUACCUUCACCCCUAUGCGAGUAGCCCUGGCGGGGACCUUCCACUACUACAGCUGCGAGCGAGCCAAGAAGCUCAUGGGCUACAAGCCCCUGGUCAGCCUCCGUGAAGCCAUUGAGAAGACAGUCGAGAGCUACCCCCACCUCCGCCGGACAGCGUAGCUGUUGGGGAACCCCAAAGAGCAUCUAGAAUCUACGCCGGGAACUAGCUGUCCACUGUAUCACCCUUCACUCUGGCCUCUGCAGCCGUGGUCCGGGAUUGCUCUGAUGUAACAGCCGUUUGCGGCUAACGUGUUAUAAGAAGCAUCCCUGGAAUGGUCUUUACCCUGGAUGAAAGAAUUCCUUAAGCAGUAAUAAUAAUAAUAAUCUUGGAACCACAGCGCUGGAAAGGACUCAAUGGAUUGUCGAGUCCAGCCCUUGUCUAGGAGGCACCGUACGGGAAUCAAACUCCCAACUUCUGGCUCUGCAGCCAGAUGCCUAAACCACUGAGCUAUCCAAGAAAUAGUUUGGCUUCAGGCAACUUCAGCAUUCCUUCUCUGAUCAGGCCUUUCGCACUCUUCCAUUUUCCAAGCAAAGCAAAGUACGUAAAGCAAAUUUGCUCAGCUUUUGAUUUUGAUUUUUUUUGGAAGGCCCGGCUCUUUCCAAGACUUUGAAUGCCAAUGAUGCACCUCCACUCUGCUCCGAUCUCGGUUACUCCAAGGAUGUCUGGGUCUUUUGGACUGGCGCGGGAGGGAGUGCUGGAGUGCCCUACCGCUGUGGUGCAGCCUUCCUAAAAUUCAUCUUCAUCUUUAAUUUCUAAUGCAAUUCUUGAGUAACACUAUGAAACUAAGCUCCCUAUUUCUGGAAAUACCCACCUGUACGUUGCUGUCUGCUUUCCUGAAAUGCAUAAACAUGGGUCAGGAUGUGAUUGUUAAAUAGAUCUGUUUUUUGCCGCUUAA